CAGAGUGUCAUAUUGUUUAUUCCUGUCAAGAUUAUGUUCAAAAUUAUGUUUGUAUUAUAAAAAACUGUUACAAAUUACAAUGAUCCUGACAAACGAAACGAAAUAAGGUGUAGAACUUUUAAAAAACGACAUGAACUCCAAUGUCACCAUCCUGAGUUACAACGAGAGUUUACUGAGAAAAUCUGACGUUGAUCUCUUGAAAGGUCCAUUUUGGUUAAACGACACAAUAAUUUCCUUUUAUUUUGAAUAUUUAGAGACUGAAUUAUUUAAAGAUGACAGGAAAUUAUUGUUUAUUUCCCCGGAAGUGACUCAAUGUAUAAAAAUAUCCCCACAGCCAGAGAUAAGUAUCUUUUUGGACCCUUUAAUUGAAAAGAAACAGGCAAAUUUUAUAUUUUUCGCCUUGAAUGAUAACGAACAAACUGAAUAUUCCGGGGGCUCCCAUUGGAGUUUGCUUGUAUACUCGAGACCUGAUCGAAACGUAUUUCAUUAUGAUUCUUCCAGAGGAAGCAACGAGAAUCAAGCAUUGGACCUUGCAGAAAAAGUUCUUAAGUAUUUUGGAUUAUCUAUACAAGCAAAAUUUGAAGAAGUGCCAUGCUUGCAACAAAAUAAUGGGUAUGACUGUGGCAUACAUGUAUUGUCCAAUACUGAACAGCUUGCUAGUUAUGCCGCACACUAUGGAAGAAUAAGAGGUUGUCCGAAAAUUACUUCUGACCAGCGAAAAGAAAAACUGUCCUGAGAUUUGUAUGUAGUAGAAGUGAUGGGGAAAAUACUUUUUGUUUUGGAUUUUAAAUUCAAUCUUAGCUUUAGUUUAAUAGAAUUUUCAUACAAACAUACAUACAUCACU